CGUUAGACACAUGAUAUUCGCGAUUUGUGGAAAGCCUGCUGUCUCCCACUCGAAUGCGAACGAUUCCAUCGGCCGUGGAACCGCCAAGCUUAUAAAAGAUAGUAAUUAGAGGUCAUGGGAUCUUAGAUUCAAUGCCAAUGCUGUGCAGUCACAUGGUAAACUACGAUGCGAUUCUCGUUCGAUUUCGGGUAGCACACAAAUAAUAUAAACACCUAAUAAAAAUAACACAAACUACAGUGAUCGUUUUUAGCAGUACUAUUAUUGUAGGUAUUAAAAACAAAAUUAACGAACUUUCGAUAUUUUGCGGUGGUGUUUCGGAUUUCAUAAUCGGUGUUGUUAGUAUUUUAUAUAUUGGAAAAAUAAAACAUCCGGAUCGUGGAGUUUCGAGCACGUAUCUGGCUGUGGAUUUUUAUCGAAUGCCAAAAACGAUGGAUAACAAAAAAGUGUUAUUGUUAUUGUUGAUGUCUAUGUCAUUUCUGGCCAUAGCUCACUGCACGAUGGACGCAAAGCCAGUAAACGGAAGUACUGAAGUGACCGUCUCAACGUUGGUAGAACACGACGAUCUGCAGAUGGCGGCGUCUGAAAACCAUUCCGUGAGUAACGCGUCAUCCACAACGGAGGCGGCUGAUACCGGUAGCAGAUCGGCACGUCAGCUGUACGCCUCUCAGUUCGUGUUCCCUUCAUACUCGCAGAGUUCACAACGGAGGGCGUACAAAGGCCCGCCUAAAUGGAAAAAGAGACCGGGCAGCCGCUCGAAGCCGAGAAGGCGGCCGGGACCGAGACAAAGGCGCAGGCCUACUUACGGACCCCCCGGAUCGCAUCAGUCGAUGGGCCGUUACAGGCGUCUGCCGCCGUUUAUGAGACAGCAACACAACAAUUACAUCGACGCCAGCGAUUACGACGACAGCAUCGAACCGAUGUUAUCACCGUCGUUCGAUUACGGUGAUAAAGAGUUCAUCGAAGAAAUGCCCGCUUCGAUCGUGUACGCCACCGGUGGUUCGCAAUUACCGACGACGGUUGUACGCAAGCGACCCAUGUACGAAGAACAAGCGUCCAUGCCGGCCGCCGCCGUCAUUCACUUGCCGUUGCGAAUCACCAAGCAGCCCACUACCACUACGACGGUACGGCCUUCCGUCGACGCCAUGGAAAAACUCAAGCAACUCGUACACGAAGCUAUGGACGAGCAUUUCGCCAGCCACCAUCAAGACCUGUACGCGGACGGUUUCGACAAACACGUGUUUAGCUCUAAAUAUAAGCGGCCGUCCGACAAAGAAAAGCGGACAACAGACAGCGUUGCCAAAAACUCGCAGUCGACUACGCAGAGAAACAAGGCCGAGGACACAGACGCUGAAGGAUCGGACGAACGGUUAUCGUUGGCCGAAAUCUCGGCUUAUAUGGGUGCCAAGCCGGCCGAAACCGUGCUCAGCUCCGGCGGCCACCGUUACGUGUUGUCCGACGCGCUACAAGGUUACCAUCAACACAAGACCGACCAACAGUACCUGCGGUACGUGACGCCCCUCGAGGCACUAUACGAUGUGCCCGUAGGCCGAUGGGCUUACCAAUAAGGCGAGCCCGAUCGCCGAAACCUUCUUGAUGUGCACUAAUUAGUCAAUUGAGUUUGGUUUACAUAAAAAGCGUGUCCAGUUCUUCCAGAUUAAACCAAAUCGAGAUUUCCAAAUAUCUAGAGCUGGGAUAGUAGAUACUGCUCUACUUAAAGACUAUUUUCGAUGCCAUAUGAAAUCGUUAUAAUACUUAAAACUUGGUUAAUGCCAUAUUAUUAAUUCGCUAUAAAACACACAAAUUGUGAUUAACACGUGAGAAAAAGUGAUUUCCAAAGAUAAAAGUAUAGGACAAUGUGUAAACGUGAUUUAAUUAAUUACCCGAGAAUGUAUUAAUAGGCAGAUUAAUUUUAUGUAAAAUACUUAUUUUUAAUUUUAUUAAUUAACAUUUUGUAUUUUUCGUGUCUGAAUACUGGAUAGGAGUGUUUAAGACAAAUGUAUCUACACUAGUUUGAUGAAAUGGAAUCGUAUAAAUUUAAACGUCACCUAAUUCGUGAAUCUGCUAAAAAUACUGACAGGUCUAUAACCAGUUUUGAAUAACUACACUAUUGAAGUUAUUAGCAAUCAUAUGUUCGGACGACAAGAAAGUGUGAUCGAGAAAUAGGAACAGGUUAAAAUAUAAUGUUGCAUUCUCUCCCACGCCUAUACUUUUAUAAAUGCUAUUAAUUUCAAGAUUAAUUAAUCGAAACUGGAGUGACAGGAUAAAAUCUUUAGUAGUAUUUUCUCGAUUAUGCGACUCAUACCAGUUAAAUUUUAAUUGUCAACACAGAGCUUAAAAAAUGUAAGUAUAAGAGUAUUAAAAAUAUUACGACAUCAUAAAUCAAGUUCUUCGAUCAACAAAACUAUAGAAUUUGUACUUAGUUUCAAAAAUUUUAAAUUGUUCAAUCGAUGAUUUUUCCAUAUUUCAGUUAAUUUCCCUCUUGUGCUAUAGAUGUUGGGAACCAACCCAAUUUUCUUGUUCACUGCUAUAUCAUUCCAUCAAUUUUUCAUCUUAUCUUUCAAGCAAUAAUGUAUAUUUUUAUGUUUAUUCUGUUUAAAUAAUAAUUAUGUUGUUAUUAAUAUGAUCAAAAUAAGUAUAUAUACAGUUCUAUAAAUCUACUGUACUGCGGACUACAAACAGCUGAAUUAUUAUAAUAUACUAUGACAGCUUCAUAUUAUAUUUAUUCUUUUAGGGUCCUUUUACCUUCGUGUAAAUAUUUAUGUAUUAUUUAAGUACAAAGUAUGUUAUGUUAUAUAUAUAUUUUAUAAAUUAUUUUAGUUUCCCAUUUCUGACGUCACUGAUAUCCAUAUAAUAUACAACAUUAACAUAAGAAUACCGUGUAUAAUAGCGUUAUCCAAAAAGGUCUUUUAUCUUUCUCACGAUACAACGCAUGUUAACUUAAUUUUUUUUUAUAGAAUAAUAAUACUCUAACAAAUAAACUUGUCAUUUUGAUAAAUUUAAGUAUGCAAGAUAUGUGAUUUAUAUUGUUAAAACCAAAGUAUUAUUACAAAAAUAGCAUUUAUGUUAUAAUAAUUUAUAUUAUUAGAAUUAAUGUAAGUUAUUAUAAUUAUUCAAAACUAUAACAGUGCAUUAUUUUCUAAUAAUUGUUAUGUACGAUAUAACGUAUAUUCGUUAUAAUAUAAACAUAAGAAUAUUAUAUAUAUAUACCUGUGUACUUACUAUAUUGUAUUGUGAAUUUGUUAAAUUAUAUUUAAAUUAAUUAUACAUAUUUUUUUUAUUAGUAUCUUGUACAAUUACUUUUUCCCCACAGUAAUAGGUAUCCACAAUAAGCCACGGAGCUCUAAUAAAAUUAAGUUACAGGAUUGAAUGAAAAUGUAUAAAUUUAAAUUUAUUUGUCUUUAAAUUGUAUGAUACGUUUAUUACGUCUAAUCACUACGAUUAUGCUUACAAAGCUAAAAUGAUAACAUUGUAAUGCUGGAUUAAAUAACUGUAAUAAAAUAUUA